AUGACAGGUGGCAGUGUCCUGUUCGAGGAAUACGGGGAUUUGCCAGGGUUUGGAGAUAGUCUUGGCGCCAGCGGUUUCUUUGAUACCACGGCAGAAGACUUUUGGGAUACCACGGAUAACACCGAGUGGGCCAAGCAAGAGAAGACAGAUAAUGACGAGGAAGAAGAAAAGGGCCAACAGCAAGACUCGUUGUUGUCCCUUCAGAGGAAGCCAAAUGACAGUUCUUCGCCAGCAACGAACGGGGAGAUGUCUGCAACGCCUGAAGGCAACAAGCGCAACAGUCCCACCACGAAGAAAAAAGGUUCUGCCAAACAACAACAGAGACGCACUCUGAACCGAAAGGCCAAGUCGCUACGAAGUGUCAGUCAUAAAGUCAAUCAGGUCUUAUCCGCAAUGGACAAACAGGAGGAACCACAACCACAACAAGCACAGCAGCAACAACAACAGCAACAAGAAGAAGAGCAACAACCUCAACAACAACCAACGCAGUCUACAACCGGUAGUAGAAAGAACCAGCUACGAAGGCAGGGUAAAUCCCAUUCUGUCAGUGACACCCUUGGCGACGUCGCAGGAACAUCGGUACGGGCCAAAUCCGGCACUGAAAUUAGUGGGAGCAGCAAGAAGCAACCUAGGACUCCACGAGGUGGAAAAAAGAGGACGUCGGCUCCACCCAAGACAGCUCUGGCUCAGCUUUGUGCGGGGAUAUCCAUUCUGGCAGACAGCGAGGAGUCUUCUGCUGUAAUUGAUGUCGAUGAAGCCAUGAAACGGUUUUCGCCGGAACCCCCCAAGACGAGAAAGAGUCGCAUGUCGAAUACCGGCACGAAUAAGAACAUGUCACAGUCCAUGAGAGACUUUAGUAGCAAAGAAAGCAGCACGGGUUCGCCAACAACAACAGAAGGGUCCAAGAAAAAGCGCAUGUCCCGGAAAAACAAGUCUAUGUCACUGCGCCAAUUGGACUAUUCCGAAGCAGCUUCUUCGUCGACAAUUCCUAGUAGGAGACAUACCGUUACUAGUGGCAGCAAACAACAAGCCAAGAGGGCUUCGACCAGGAGACAAUCACCCAAACGAAUAGCUUCAGUGGACGCCAUGUCGUCAUCAGAGAGAACUAUUUCCAGCAGGAGAAAAUCUCCCAAACGCUUUUCUUCUGCCGACAUUAUGGUGUCAGCGUCGGAGAGGGGAUCUUCCACCAGGAGGCAAUCUCCGAAACGAUUCUCGUCCAUCUCGGAUGCCCUCGUAUCCGAUUCGAACAGAUUGAAUAAUUCCUUGACCCGGGAAUUCACCGUUUCGGAUCACAAUGCUACAGCGACAAUGUCCGUUUCGGAAGGAGGAAAACGUCUACGUUUGAAGGUCAAAUACUCUUCGGCAAAGAACGUGGGAAACAACAACAACGUCGGGGAGACGAAAGAAAACGACAAAAAGACCAAGAAAAGUAGAGCAUCCAUGUCCGUGUCCGAAGGAGGCGCCAGUCGCCACCGGUUGAACCGAAAACAUUCGUCGGAACGCAACCUGGUAAGCAAGACCAAUUCCGAUGGUUCGCGGGCAUCCUCCAAGUCGGGUAGUCGUAGUCGAAAGAGUCGAGUGGGGUCCAUGAUGAUGUCGGUUUCGGAAACUGGAACCUCGCGUACGCGAUUUUCUGCUGAUGACAACCAGCAGGCCACCACCGACAGCCAACCAGUAAAAGUCCGAAAGAGUCGACCUUCCAAAAAGAUGGAGGAUGUACCCGGAUUGCACCCCAUUCAGGAAACACCAGCUGCCCAGCCCGAUACUUCGGUCAGUCCCACUGCUAUUGAGGCUCCUGCCAAAGUAGUGCCUCGUAGGGCGCGGGUGUUACGCCACAAAUCCAAGUCAAUGAGGGACCUAUCGACAACAAUGGAUUCAUCGUCAUCAGAGGCGGCAUCGUCAGUCAGUGAAACUCCCACACUGGGUGUGAAGAGGUCGUCAUCAUUCACCGAUCUCUCCACUUUGAAACAAGAACCUGAGACGCAGUUGUCCACAACGGCUAGUAGCAAGGAUUCAUUCCACAGUCUCUCUCUAGUGGAGGCCCUGGAGUCAUCGUCGACGGCGGCUUCAGUGGCCGAGUGGUCAUCUGCUCAAUCUAUCUCAGAAGGGUUUUCUCAUACUUCGACUCGGCGAGAGAAGGGCAGGGCUCUCCGAACGACGAAAUCUGCACCAGGCGCAGCGGUGGGCGACUCGACACAGGCUCCUGCCAAAGUUGCACCUCGCAGGGCUCGAGUGCUUCGACACAAAUCCAAGUCCAUGCGUGACUUGUCAACAACAAUCAAUCCAUCACCGGAGGCUGCCGCAGACAGUGGAGCAAGGCCAUCAGGCAUGAAAAAGUCAUCGUCUUUCACUGACCUCUUCAGUGUCAAACAGGAACCAGAGACAACAUCGAAACGCCGUGGCAGACCGUUUAAACAUAUGUCACUAGGGGAAGCAUUGACGUCAUCGAAACCAUCUUCUGCUGCCGCACGGUCAAGUGCCCAAACUGUCUCAGAGGGAUUCACCACGACUAGGCGGAGAGAACGAGACAGAGUCCGUGGAUCGAAGGGAUUACCAAGGAAACGCAACAGUGCGGGAAGCUUAUCUGUCAGCGACUUUCGAGUCUCAAGGACAUCUUCUCCGUUCUCGCAAACACGGCUUAGCAAAAAGGGGCAUACUUCUGUGAACGAAUUUGAAAGCAAGGACACAAGCUCAAGUAACAGCAACAACGAUAACAACAAGGGAAUUGCACCUUUGGAGACUCCACGUACCAGAAAAAAGCGCCUAUCGCAGGCUACCAUGUCACUGCCUUCUCUCCAGAACUUCUUAGGUGCAUCUGCGCCGCUGACUGAAGACAAGCCAGAAACAGCGACCCCUUCGAGCCAAACAAAGUUAGGGCCCAGCUUGGGAGAUAAGCUGUCGAAAGUCAAAGAUCCUUUCAGCCCUGUAGACGGCGACGACAGAACAUGCGCCGGUAUGAGUAUCUCUACGGAAGUCUCUCGCCUUACUACGGGAAGCCGUCGACGACGCCACUCGGCUGGAUAUGGCUCGGUUUUGCAAACCGUGCAGGCUGUGCAGCAUCUUGACACAGCCAAACUUCCUGUGAUUGCAACGAGUCAAUUCCAGCGAGCACAGACAGAUCUGAUGUCGACUGAAAAGAAAGCGGUUUGGGUGCAACGAAGGCUGCGUGCACUGGGCGCGGACGAAGUCGAACAAAGUGACAGUGAGGAGGGGGUCGCGACCUCUCGCCCUACACAAUCUACAUGA